AGGCCUCUGACUGCCACUCGUGCUCUUGCUCCUUGCCACCCGGAACCCCAUGCAGCCGGAACCCAGGCCUAGCAGGGCGGGGGCCCGCGGCCGAUUCGUGCCCCUGCAGUCCAAGUGCCCCGAGGGGGCCGGGGACACGGUGAUGUACGCGUCCACCGAAUGCAAGGCCGAGGUGACCCCGUCCCAGGACGGCAACCGCACUUUCAGCUACACGCUGGAGGACCACACGAAGCAGGCCUUCGGCAUCAUGAACGAACUUCGGCUCAGCCAGCAGCUGUGCGAUGUCACCCUGCAGGUGAAGUAUGAGGACAUCCCCACGGCGCAGUUCAUGGCGCACAAGGUGGUGCUGGCCUCGUCCAGCCCCGUGUUCAAGGCCAUGUUCACCAACGGGCUGCGGGAGCAGGGCAUGGAGGUGGUGUCCAUCGAGGGCAUCCACCCAAUGGUCAUGGAGCGGCUCAUCGAGUUCGCCUACACCGCGUCCAUCUCCAUGGGCGAGAAGUGCGUGCUGCACGUCAUGAACGGCGCCGUCAUGUACCAGAUCGACAGCGUCGUGCGCGCCUGCAGCGACUUCCUGGUGGAGCAGCUCGACCCUAGCAAUGCCAUCGGCAUCGCCAACUUCGCCGAGCAGAUCGGCUGUGCCGAGCUGCACCAGCGGGCCCGCGAGUACAUCUACAUGCACUUCGGGGAGGUGGCCAAGCAGGAGGAGUUCUUCAACCUGUCGCACUGCCAGCUAGCGACGCUGAUCAGCCGGGACGACCUGAACGUGCGCUGCGAAUCCGAGGUGUUCCACGCGUGCAUCAACUGGGUCAAGUACGACUGCGAGCAGCGGCGCUUCUACGUGCAGGCGCUGCUGCGCGCCGUGCGCUGCCACGCGCUCACGCCGCACUUCCUGCAGAUGCAGCUGCAGAAGUGCGAGAUCCUGCAGAGCGACUCGCGCUGCAAGGACUACCUGGUGCAGAUCUUCCAGGAGCUCACGCUGCACAAGCCCACGCCCGCCAUGCCCUGCCGCGCGCCCAAGGUGGGCCGCCUCAUCUACACGGCCGGCGGCUACUUCCGCCAGUCGCUCAGCUACCUGGAGGCCUACAACCCGAGCGACGGCAGCUGGCUGCGCCUGGCCGACCUGCAGGUGCCCCGCAGCGGGCUGGCGGGCUGCGUGGUGGGCGGGCUGCUCUACGCCGUGGGCGGCCGCAACAACUCCCCGGAAGGCAACACCGACUCCAACGCCCUGGACUGCUACAACCCCAUGACCAAUCAGUGGUCGCCCUGCGCCCCGAUGAGCGUGCCCCGCAACCGCAUCGGCGUGGGUGUCAUCGAUGGCCACAUCUACGCCGUGGGGGGCUCGCACGGCUGCAUCCACCACAACAGCGUGGAGAGGUAUGAGCCCGAGCGGGACGAGUGGCACUUGGUGUCCCCGAUGCUGACCCGGAGGAUCGGUGUGGGCGUGGCUGUCCUCAACCGCCUGCUCUACGCGGUCGGGGGCUUCGACGGGACGAGCCGCCUCAACUCAGCGGAGUGCUACUACCCGGAGCACAACGAGUGGCGCCUGAUCGCCCCCAUGAACAGCAUCCGCAGCGGGGCAGGAGUCUGCGUACUGCACAACUGCAUCUAUGCUGCGGGCGGCUACGACGGUCAGGACCAGCUCAACAGCGUGGAGCGCUACGACGUGGAGACCGAGACCUGGACGUUUGUGGCCUCCAUGAAGCACCGGCGGAGCGCCCUGGGGAUUACCGUGCACCAGGGGAGAAUCUACGUCCUGGGAGGUUAUGACGGUCACACGUUCCUGGACAGUGUGGAAUGCUACGACCCAGACACAGACACCUGGAGUGAGGUGACCCGAAUGACUUCCGGCCGCAGCGGGGUGGGCGUUGCUGUCACCAUGGAGCCCUGCCGGAAGCAGAUCGACCAACGGAACUGUACCUGUUGAAGCACUUAUGCUUCUUGGGCAAAAAAAAAAGAGAGAGACGGUCUGACCCACAGCAUUGUUUCCAUACAUAAAACAGGGACAAAAAAAGUGACAGCAGAUCUCGUCCUCCAGGGGGGGCCGGGCCACCUCCAUGUGCAGGAGAUAACCAGAAAGAAGAGAGACCAGAGCAGGAAGCCCCAAGCCCCUCCGAGCCGCCCAGGAGUGUCCACAGCGUGCCCUGGGGGGGCGGGGGGGGCGGGCGGAGAAGGUCCCCUUCCCUGCUGGGGACUGGGCCACGGCAGCCGCCGCCCCCUCAGGGUGCGAGCAGGUGCCGCCCGAGGCUGCUUCUCCAGUCAGCGCCCACAGACUGAGGCAGGGGCCGGGUGAGGCCUCGGGCUGAGGCCCCUCAGGAAACAUGGUCCCCAGGGCUGGGUCCCUCCAGAAAAGCCGCAGUGACCGUGGGGACAGUUGCUCUGUUGAUAAAUAACCCUGUAAGUUUCCAGUGAAAAUAAAGAACAGACUAACACUGUCUUCUACCCA